GCGCCUCCCAUCAGACUUCAUCUUUCACAAUGGCAGAUAAACAAAAUGCCCAGAAAAGCGUCAAAAUAGCCGCAGGCGCCGUAGUUUGUGUUGAAAGUGAAAUCAGAGGAGAUGUCACCAUAGGCCCCAGAACAGUGGUCCACCCAAAAGCUCGCAUCAUUGCCGAUGCAGGUCCCAUUGUGAUCGGAGAAGGCAAUUUGAUCGAAGAGCAAGCACUUAUCAUUAAUAGUUACCCAGAAAACAUCACACCAGAUUCAGAAGUGGAACCAAAGACUAUGACCAUUGGUAUCAACAACGUAUUUGAAGUUGGCUGCGUGUCACAAGCCCUGAAAAUAGGGGACAACAAUGUGAUAGAGUCAAAAGCUGACGUUGGUAGGAAUGUGAUCCUGACCAGUGGAUGCAUCAUCGGGGCUUUCUGUCAGGUCAACACCUGUGAGGUCAUCCCUGAGAACACGGUCAUCUAUGGCUCUGGAUGUAUGAGGCGGGUUCAGACAGAGAGACCACAGCCUCAGACUCUUCAGCUCGACUUUCUGAUGAAGAUUCUACCAAACUACCACCAUUUAAAGAAAACUGUUAAACCAGGCCACACUGCUAACUGAAAUGGAACUUUAUACUUGUGAAGGAUUUAUUGUAAAUGGCUAGUCAACCCAUAUUUAAAUAGGUAAUGCUGGGGGAGGAAGCAUGAAUGUAUAUAAUUAUAUGUAUGGAGCUUCAUCAGUACUUUUUCUCACUGGUAUUUUCUACUUUAACUACAAGCAUUUCCUCUUUAUCUUGCUGUGCUGAUGAAUCCUUUUCUAUAAUUAAUUAAAUAACCUAAAAUACUGA